UUGAACUGUCAUGUACAAGGUGGCAAGAUACCCGAGCAGUGACUUUGCUCUCCUCCUUUGUUGGAACACAGCCUGCUACAAGUGUAUCAAGGUAUAAACGUAAAAAAAAAGAGUGGAGUGAGAUACCAUGCCCUGCAGCGAUCACUAUCUACAACAAGCACAUGGGAGGCGUCGACCUUUUGAACUCCCUCAUCUCCAUUUACCGUCCCUACCUGAGGUCGAAGAGAUACUAUUUUCGUGUUUUUCUGCACAUCCUAGACUUGACAACUGUAAAUGCUUGGCUGCUUUACAAGAGGAAUGUCAUGAAAAAACGUGAUCAGUACACCGAACGGCUACUUCCGUUGGCUGAGUUUAAGAUGGACCUGGCUGCAUUACUCUGCAAGGCUGGGAAGACGGCGCUGAAGAAGCGAGGAAGGCCUAGCAAUGAGUCAGUAGAACAAGCCUCUGAUGAGAAGAAAAAAAGGGGACCAUCAGCUCCAACUCCAACUCAGGAUGUCAGGCUAGAUCAGGUUGGUCACUGGGUUUUGUGGAGCAAGAAGCGGCAACGUUGCAAGCUUCCUGGCUGCACAGGAAUCUGCAUGAGCUACUGCGUUAAGUGUGGAGUGCAUCUCUGUUCCACAAACAAGAGCAAUUGCUUUUUUGUGUACCACACAACAAAAUGAGUCCAUCGUUUCUCAUUACUUACUGAUUACUGCUCAAGGUAUAGAACCAAGCUUUUUCAGCAAGCAAGCGAAAUAGCUUUCUAUUGUGCUAUU